UAUGAUCGUGCUGAAGUCAAGAGCAUGUGAACAGUGAUAACCAAAUUUAUUUGCUCCCCUACGAGGUCGAUCUAACAGUUGAAAGUUGAUAAAUAAAAUAAAUUUCAAUGGCUCAUCAAGGCAAAUACCGUCUGACGUAUUUCAACGCACAAGCGUUGGGGGAGCCAAUUCGAAUUCUAUUUGCUUGCGCUAAUUUUGCUUUUGAAGAUAUUCGCAUAGCCAAUGAAGAUUGGCCGUCAUUAAAAUCAAAAUACCCUUGGGACGUGUUGCCCGUAUUGGAGGACGGAGAAGGACGAGUAAUUUCGCAACAUUUGGCCAUAAUAAGGUAUCUCGCGACAAAGUUUGGCCUAGCUGGUAAAACCGACUAUGAAAUGGCCAAAUGUGACGAAUAUGUGGAAGCUGCUGCAGACGUAAGAAAUGAAUUAUUAAAUUACUUAUGGGACACUGAUGACACCGAUAAACCAGCGGCACUGGAAAAAAUGGAGACCAAAAUUCUUCCAUCCGUGUACAGAAAGUACAUGGAUAUUAUCAAGCGAAAUGAAAGUGGAUAUCUUGUAGGAAACGGGAUAACUUAUGCAGAUAUUUAUGUUGUUUCUAUACUUGAAUAUGUAACAAAACGUCUUCGGAUGGAACCGAAAUCAUCCAACACAUUUCAUGACUUUCCAGAUUUCAUUGAAUAUCAGAAUCGUAUUUUUAAUUAUCCAGGGAUUAAGACUUGGAUUGAAAAUCGACCUAUCUUGCCGUAUUGAAUAAAACGUUAUGUUAAUAGAUAUCCCAAAUCCUAAUCAUAAUCGUGUCGUGUGUAUAUACCAAUAUGAAACAUUAGAUAUUGAUUAUUAAAGUUAUUUGCUGUACUUUGUCUCUUGGUCAAUCUUGUUAUCAACUAUUAUUGGACCUGCUGAAGUCCAGAGUUUAAGUAACAAUAUAUAUAUAAAUAACUUUUAAUGCUAAA